GUGAAAAAGUGUAAACUUGGUUGGGCCUAAUAAUACUCGUAAAAACACCUAAGAUUCUUAGGCAAGUGAUUUUCUUUUACUCGUGGCCAGAGGUCUUCAGUGUUUUUCUUGAUUUAGUGGGUAGUUCAGUUUCUUUAGAAAACCUUUUACAUUUAAUAAUAUACUCGAGAUGUGGAUUUUAUCGGACCUAUUGUAAAAUACAUGUGUUAUUAGAUUGCUAGUUUUUACUUGGGUUUUCUUAGUGUGUUGUGUUUGGAUAAGAGUGUCAGCCUUGUUUAUUUUAUCCUGCUGCAGUCUGAUUAACUCAAAAAACUAGCUGAAAUAGAAACAUGGCGAUUAAUUAGCAAAGACUACAAUAGCAACAUUUUGCCAUUCAGACAAAUCUAAGCAACAUUAGCAAUGACUCAAUUUGUUACUACGUGCUAAACUAUAGACGCAUCGCUCAGAAAUGCUCAUAUGUGGAAAGAGUUCUGAAAUGUGGUGAAUCCAAGAUGGCGGCUCUAGACUCGACAGGAUGACAGCAUGCCCCGGCGCAGGAGGAGACUGGCGUCGCGCCUGAGGGACUACCUGCGCAACUUCCUGGCCUUUCUGUUCAGCAACGUGGGCGUGGUGGUGUUGGUCGUCGCUUAUACUGUAGCUGGUGCAUUUAUGUUUCGGGCGAUAGAAGGUGCGAGCGAGAUGGAGCGAGCGCACAACAUGACGUUAGAGCGAGACAACACGGCGCAGUGUCUAUGGCAGGACGUGCUCAAAGUCAACAUAUUUAAUGACACAUAUCUUAAACACAGGAUAAGCAUCACAAUCCAGCAGUAUCAAGACAAGGUGGUGCACGCAGUCAAGCGAGGCUGGGACGGCGGCCGGUCCUCCAGGCAGUGGAGCUUCUCAUCAUCCUUCCUGUAUUCCCUCACUGUGAUCACAACUAUAGGCUACGGGCACCUGUCUCCACGCACGAGUUGGGGCAAGGUGACCACCAUUAUGUACACUCUGCUGGGAAUGCCGCUGUUCCUGCUGUACCUCGCUAAUGUUGGAGAGCUUUUGGCGCGGUGGUUCAAAUGCAUCUACGCAUUGGUGUGCCUGUGCCGUGGUUGUCCAGGGUUCACAAGAAGACGAGUCAUCAGAUUACGUCAGCAGUUGGAGCUAAGCGACGCAGAGAGCAUAGAAUGCCCGGAGCACUGGAGAAGGCGGGCGCCAUUUAUUUACGAAUCUGAUGAUACGGCGGACUAUGGGCCACCGAUACCGCAUCCAUAUAAUUUUGCGAGGAGGCCAGACUACCUCCGCAGCGCGUCGAUGCCGGUCCGGGGCGCCCCGCGCGCGCCGCAGCCGCGCCGCUGGUCCGAGCCUCCCGAGAGUGUCACCAGCGACUUCAGCUACGUGACCUUCGACGCCCAGACCAUCACUGUGCCCAUCAGCGUGUGCGUAGCCAUCAUGGUCGGGUACAUAAUGUUCGGAUCCAUGAUAUUCGGCAUGUGGGAGAAGUGGGACCAGCUGGACGGGGCUUACUUCUGCUUCAUCUCGCUCAGCAGUAUAGGUUUCGGCGACUUCGUGCCAGGCGAGCGAGUGUACACGCAGCGCAUAGAGACCUCCUUCAUCGUGUGCUCCAUGUACCUCAUGCUGGGCAUGGCUCUAGUCGCCAUAGACCUCCUUCAUCGUGUGCUCCAUGUACCUCAUGCUGGGCAUGGCUCUAGUCGCCAUGUGCUUCAAUCUCAUGCAGGUACAGUUAUAACCUUCGUGCCGGGCGAGCGAGUGUACACGCAGCGCAUAGAGACCUCCUUCAUCGUGUGUUCCAUGUAUCUCAUGCUGGGCAUGACUCUAGUGGCCAUGUGCUUCAAUCUCAUGCAGGAGCAAGUGCGCCACUACUUCGCGGGGAUGAAGCGCGCCUUAAGGAGGAUAUGUCGUUGCAAGAGAUGACGACAUAUUAUUAUAUUAAUGUAUAUAAUGUUACGUAAUUAAUUAAUUUAGUGACUAAUUAUACUUCCGAUUUGUA